UUUUUCUUUCUUUUUUUUGCCUUCAUUUCGAUUAAAUAUUAUGGAAAACAUUGACGAUCUCAUUCUCUCCUUGACUGAUAAGGAAUCAGCAAAGAGACAGGCUGAGGCCUUAAAACAAUUAAGCCAAGAUCACGCGUCUAAAAAAUCCAUAAAAAAAUCCAGAAAUUUGUCUGAUUCUGAAGACGAUGAAGGAGCGUACUCUGACGAAGAUGAUGUCGGAAUUGACGAAGACGAGGACAUGGAAGAUAUCGACGAAUAUGGUCCAGAUUUAUACAAGGACGACGACGAUCGCAGAAGACUACAAGCCCUUCCUGAAGUUGAAAGAGAGAGAAUUCUGGCUGAACGUUCAGAAGAAAGACAGAGAAAUCUCGAACGUCUCGAAGUCAGAAAAUUGUUGAAAGAUGGCAGAAGAGAAGAUGCAACUCGAAGAUCAACGCGAUCAAAAGGAAGUGGAAAGUCCCAUGCACUCUCGGAAUUAACACGUCGACGAGAGGAAAAGAUUCAAGUGAGAAGCAGUAGACAUCGUAGGGACUCACCGAGUCCGGACAGAAAAAGACGUCGAAGAUAUGGCGACCAGAGUGAUUACGAAUACAGCGGGGAAGACUAUGACAACUCUGACGAAGAAAAGGAGAAAAAGGCCAAAAAGAGGACACCACAACUAGAAGAAAUUCAGCAAGUGGUAAUCACGAGAAAUAUGAUCGAGAAAUGGAUUUACACGCCAUUUUUUGAAAAUACAGUCAUCGGAUGUUUCGUACGCCUAUAUAUCGGCCCGGAUCCCCAAAGGAAGGUACCCGUGUACAGACUCUGUCAAAUUACGGAUGUAAUGCCUUGGCAUAAGACAUACAAGGUCACAGACAAUGCAUGGAGUAAUAAAGCUCUUAAAGUGAAACAUGGUAAAGCAGAAAAAGAGUUCCCAAUGGAUAUUGUUUCGAAUCAGAACGUGACGCAGCAAGAAUAUUCCCGAUACUUGACAACUUUGGAAAGCGACAGAGUGCGUGUUCCAUCCAUUGACCAAAUUGAGCAAAAAGCUGCCGAUUUGAAACAAGCGAAAGAAUAUGUUUUAAACGACAAGGAAGUUAACGAAAUGAUCGAAAAAAAGAAAGUAGUGAAGGGUUCAUCUGUUAAUGCGGCUAUGGAAAAGGCACAAUUACUUGCACGUCUCGAACAUGCUAAGGGUCACAAUGAGGUAGAAAAAGUUCUCAAGUUGACCAAGGAAUUAAGAGAAUUAGAGGAAAGAAUAGCCAGUGCUGAAGGAAGCAACCAAAAUGUCUGGGCAGAUAUCAAUAGUAGAAACAGAGAAAGAGACAGAAUUGAGGUUCACGAAGCCGAACUUCGCGUCACAGAAGCCAGAAGAAAGCAAUUGAUGGAAAAUACCAAAGCACACACAGCCGCCCAGAAAGCAAUUGCAAGUGCAGCUGCUACCGAUUCAUCUUUAGUUCCAGACGAGGCAUCGGGAAAGCCACUUGCGAAGCUGGUAAAAUUAAGCAAACACGCUUUAAAUGUCGGUCAAGCCACCUCAUACCAAACGGAUUAUGAGAAACUUGUGAGCAGAGUUGCCUUGGAGGUUCACGUUGAACUUUUAGAUGACUCGGACGACUAAAAUAAGUGCUAUAAGAAUAUAAUAUAGCUAUGUUUAUGAAUAAAAACCUCAUAGUUACUUGCUUGAAAAUACCUGUUAAAAUAUCAAAAGUAUCUGUGUUUUAAGAUAAAAAA